ACCCCGCGCGCCGAGCCCGCCGCGCCGCCGCGCCCGCCCGCGCCCCCGCGCCCCCGCCCGCGCCCGCCGGACCCGCACCAUGUCGCUGUCGCGCUCGGAGGAGAUGCACCGGCUCACGGAGAACGUGUACAAGACCAUCAUGGAGCAGUUCAACCCCAGCCUGCGGAACUUCAUCGCCAUGGGCAAGAACUACGAGAAGGCCCUGGCAGGCGUGACCUACGCGGCCAAGGGCUACUUCGACGCGCUGGUGAAGAUGGGCGAGCUGGCCAGCGAGAGCCAAGGUUCCAAGGAGCUGGGGGACGUCCUCUUCCAGAUGGCCGAGGUCCACCGGCAGAUCCAGAACCAGCUGGAAGAGAUGCUGAAAUCCUUUCACAACGAGCUGCUCACACAGCUGGAGCAGAAGGUGGAGCUGGACUCCAGAUACCUCAGCGCCGCCCUGAAGAAGUAUCAGACGGAGCAGAGGGGCAAGGGCGACGCCCUGGACAAGUGCCAGGCCGAGCUGAAGAAGCUGCGCAAGAAGAGCCAGGGCAGCAAGAACCCGCAGAAGUACUCGGACAAGGAGCUGCAGUACAUCGACGCCAUCAGCAGCAAGCAGGGUGAGCUGGAGGGCUACGUGUCGGACGGCUACAAGACGGCGCUGACGGAGGAGCGGCGGCGCUUCUGCUUCCUGGUGGAGAAGCAGUGCGCGGUGGCCAAGAACUCGGCCGCCUACCACUCCAAGGGCAAGGAGCUGCUGGCCCAGAAGCUGCCGCUGUGGCAACAGGCCUGCGCCGACCCCAACAAGAUCCCCGACCGCGCGGCCCAGCUCGUGCAGCACCUGGCGGGCGCCAACGGCUCCGUGCUGCCCAGCGCCCUGUCCGCCUCCAAGUCCAACCUGCUCAUCUCCGACCCCAUCCCGGGGGCCAAGCCCCUCCCUGUGCCCCCCGAGCUGGCCCCGUUUGUGGGGCGGCUGUCGGCACAGGAGAACGCGCCCGCCAUGAACGGCGUCUCGGGCCCCGACAGCGAGGACUACAGCCCCUGGGCCGAGCGCAAGGCUGGCCAGCCCAAGGCCUCGGGCGCCUCCCAGGCGCAGGGCAAGCUGAGCGACUCCUACUCCAACACGCUGCCCGUCCGCAAGAGCGUGACACCCAAGAACAGCUACGCCACCACCGAGAACAAGACGCUGCCGCGCUCCAGCUCCAUGGCCGCCGGCCUGGAGCGGAACGGGCGGCCGCGGGUGAAGGCCAUCUUCUCGCACGCGGCGGGGGACAACGGCACCCUGCUGAGCUUCAAGGAGGGCGACCUCAUCACGCUGCUGGUGCCCGAGGCCCGCGACGGCUGGCACUACGGCGAGAGCGAGAAGACCAAGAUGCGGGGCUGGUUCCCCUUUUCCUACACUCGGGUUCUGGACACUGACGGCAGUGACCGGCUGCACAUGAGCCUCCAGCAGGGCAAGAGCAGCAGCACCGGGAACCUUCUGGACAAGGACGACCUGGCGCUGCCGCCCCCCGACUACGGCCCAGCGCGCGCCUUCCCGGCCCAGAGCGCGGCGCCCUUCAAGCAGAGGCCCUACAGCGUGGCCGUGCCCGCCUUCUCCCAGGGCCUGGAUGACUACGGGCCGCGGGCCGUGAGCAGCGGCAGCGGUACGCUGGUGUCCACGGUCUGAGGCCCAGGAGAGCUGCGCCCGCCUGCUCCCUCCGCCUCCCACCCCUGCUUUGGUCCCCCGCCCCCACGGCCGCUCCCUGCCUUUUGGUUGGUGACCCAGACUCUGGGGUCCACCAGGGUCCAUGGUGCUGCCCCCCCGCCCCCGCCGGCCGGCCCCACUCGCUGUCCCGCCAGGCGGGGGCCCGCCUCUGCCCCCCACCUGUGUGCCAGGACCCCUGACCCUUCGCCAAGAGCCAGGCCUAGAGUUUGGGAAAAAAAAAAAGAAAAUCUUACCAAAAAAAACAAACCAACCAGGAAAAAGCCUUUUUCCUGCCCGCCCCGCCCUGCAUGGACCUCCUGGUGCCGCCCGGGCCCUCAGCGCCCCGCGGGCCUCCUGAGGAAGCCGCCCUCCAGUGAGGGAGCCCGCGCCGCCACCCGCGGGCCUUCCAAAGACCCCCGCCCCGCCGAGCGGACAGCGGUGCCCGCCCGGCUGUGUCUCCGCGACGUCAGAGGCGCGGGCGCCACGCCUACUGGCUCGGCCCCGCCCACCCGUUCCGGGGCCCCGCCCACCACACGCCCCGUUUUCUACUGAUGAGUGACCCAGCUCGAGCGACCCCCGAGUCUGCUUCUGCUCCCAGACUCCAGCGCAGGGGCCCCUGCUCAGUGGAUGAAUGUAGACCCACCCCCAACCUCGGACUAAGGCGUCGAGUGCCCGCCUCACUCUCUCUCCUUUUAUUUUUUUUUAAAUCUGAAUUGUGCCCGGUUCUGCCAUUGUUUGAAUAAAAGUUUUAUUUAUUGCAUUGA